AUAGUUUUUUAAUCUCUCUCUAUUUCAUGUCCAGGAUGCAGAUUGAAGAGAGAGGCCCUGUGGGAGGAACUGGGGACUACACAAACGAUGGUACAGUCGACCUUAAAGGUAGACCGGUCCUCGUAUCAUCGACUGGUAAAUGGAAGGCUUGCUACUUCAUUGUUGGAUACGAAGUAUUUGAGAGGAUGGCUUACUACGGAAUUGCAUCAAAUCUGGUGAUAUAUCUCACAACAAAGCUCCAUCAAGGCACUGUGGAAUCAGCAAACAAUGUGACUAACUGGAUUGGCACAGUUUGGAUGACACCCCUUGUCGGUGCAUACAUAGCAGACACUUAUCUCGGUCGAUAUUGGACUUUCCUGAUAGCAUCGUCCAUUUACCUUAUGGGGAUGGUAUUGUUGACCCUCGUUGUCUCGUUGCCGGCCUUACGGCCCCCGUCGUGUGGCGAUGGGGUGAAAGAUCAAGAUUGUGACAAGAAGGCAUCAACUCUUCAAAUAGGCAUCUUCUUCCUUGCCUUGUACAUAAUUGCAAUUGGAACUGGUGGGACAAAGCCUAAUAUCUCAACCAUGGGGGCUGACCAAUUUGAUGACUAUGAGCCUAAAGAGAGGCUCCAAAAGUUAUCCUUCUUCAACUGGUGGAUGUUUAGCAUCUUUCUAGGCACCCUUUUCUCCAACACCUUCCUCAUCUACAUCCAAGACAACGUCGGUUGGUCAGUUGGCUACGCACUCCCCACUACCGGCCUUGCAGUAGCCAUCAUGGUCUUCAUUGCUGGGACGCGCUACUACAGGCAUAAGCCUCCACUGGGAAGCCCGUUGACUCAGAUGGCUAGGGUUCUCGUGGCCACCGUGAGGAAGUGGGGGGUUGCUUCCCCCCACGACCCCAAAGAACUCUAUGAGCUGCCCUUGGAUGAAUACUCGAGCGCUGGCCAUAACAGACUCGACCACACUCCUUGUCUCAGCUUUCUUGACAAAGCAGCCGUGGAGACGGGUUCAAGGUCACCAUGGAUGCUGUCACCGGUUACUCAAGUGGAGCAGACGAAGCAGAUGAUGAAAAUGAUCCCAAUCCUAGCAGCAACAUUCAUACCAAGCACCAUGCUUGCACAAACACACACACUCUUCAUCAAGCAAGGGACAACGCUAGAGAGGGCGAUCGGCCCACACUUCGAGAUCCCUCCAGCCUGCCUCUCCGCAUUCACAACCAUCUUCAUGCUCAUCACCCUCGUCAUCUACGACCGCAUCUUCGUCCCCCUGGCACGCAGGCACACCAAAAAUCCGCGAGGGAUCAGCCUGCUGCAGAGGAUGGGGAUAGGCCUCGUGCUCCACGUAGUGGUGAUGGCGACAGCAUGGCUGGCCGAGAGGCGGAGGCUGAGCGUGGCGAGGGAGAACGGGAUCUUUGCGAAGGACGGGAAGGUCCCUCUGUCGAUAUUCAUCCUCCUCCCUCAGUUUGGGCUGAUGGGAGUGGCGGAUAACUUCGUGGAGGUGGCGAAGCUGGAGCUGUUCUACGACCAGGCGGCGGAAGGGAUGAAGAGCCUGGGCACAGCAUAUGCUAUGAUCAGUUUGGGAGUUGGAUAUUUCUUGAGCAGUUUGAUGCUGUCGACUGUGGCAGAUGUUACCAAGAGAAAGGGGAAUGGAUGGAUAUUAAACAAUCUCAAUGUGUCUCACUUGGAUUAUUACUAUGCAUUUUGUGCAGUGUUGAGUUUUCUGAAUCUUGGUUUCUUUCUGGUUGUUGCCAAGUUUUUCGUUUAUAAUACGGAGACGGAGGCCAGCCGCCAAGUACCAGAAACCAAGUUGAUUGAAUGAAUGAGUUUUUCUGUAUUUAUGCAAUAUACAGAAUUUUAUUUUUUUUUCA